AUGUGGGACGACGAAGACAACAACCCUUACGGCUCCUUCCACCGCCGCGAUUCGGAGACAUCGGACAUUCAGCCGCCAGAUGACUUGCAUCGACCCGACACACCACCCUCUGGUCGCUCAUCACCCGAACAAGCCAACUUCAGCUCCCGCCCUGGCGACCUCAGUGACGAGGACUUUGACCAUGACAAGCCGCGCGGACCGAUCGUGCAGCCGAGGGAGGGUGGUUACGACAGCAAGAUUGAGCAGAUCUUAUAUGAGAACCCGACGCUGGAGAUCCACAUCGUAUAUGCAGGUAAGAACACUGAAGGUGGGGGCGGCUACAUCACCUACACAAUCCGUACUGGCGAGGUGGAGGUGAGGAGGCGGUACAGCGAGUUUGCUUCAUUAAGACAGGCAUUGUUGAGUUUGCAUCCUACUUUGAUCAUCCCGCCCAUACCCGAGAAGCACAGUAUAGCCGACUAUGCUGCCAAGCCGACAAAGGCAAAGGAGGAUCUCGGCAUUAUCGAGCUUCGUCAGCGAAUGCUAGCGACCUUCCUUAACAGAUGCAGGAGGAUGAAGGCGGUGAGAGAGGAUGGAGUAUGGUGGCGAUUUCUAGACCCGAAUGUGAGCUGGAAUGAGGUGCUGCAUUCCCAUCCUGCUGCCUCUGUACCCAAGAACAACCUCAAGGCACCACCACUAGAUCCUGCGAACCCUACACCAGGUCACCAAUGGCUACCCAUACCUUCUCAGAAUGCGAAGCUUCGAUCGUCAUCCACUUCUUCCUCCGGCACACCAUCCUCGCCACCACCACAAUCCGUCCUGCCAUCUGCCGCCGCACACACACAACCACAAAUCCAAUACGCUCGUUUCCCUCCAACCUCACAAGAUCUCAGCGAAGCCGACCUCGACCCUUACUUCUCCUCCUUCGAACAAAGCAGCAAAGAGCUCGAAACCCUACUAAACGGCAGCAUGGAGAAAGUCAACCAGAAACUUCUCCGCCACAUGUACAGCCUCGGCGACGACCUCAUGGACCUUGGCGCCCGCUACAACGCCUUCUCCCUGAGCGAACAAUCGCAGUCCGUCGCGCAAGCCAUCGAGAAGACCGGCCAAGCCUGCGACUUCACCUAUAUCCAAUCCCGCGACCUCAGCUCAAGCCUCAGCUCCGGCUUUGCAGAACCCAUGCGGGAAAAUGCGCAGUUCGCCCGUGUAGUCCGCGAUGUCUUGAGAUACAGAGUCCUGAAACGAGUCCAGGAGGAAAUGACGCGCGAUGAGCUGGAGAAGAAACGCGCGAGUUUGGAGCAGCUGGAGAGGAGCGAGGUGGAGGCGAAGCGGAUAGAGCAGUACAUGAGUUCGUCGGGAAUGUAUAACCAGCAAUCUUCUGCCGGCGCGCCACCGCGACGCAGCGCGAGUAGUGGUAGUAAUCGUGAGCGGCCGCCACAGCGACAACAACAACAACAACAAUACACCGCGCGAGAACAGCAGCAGCAGCAGCAGGGGAGCGCGGACAACGCAUCCGUAGACUCAGACUUCCCGCCGGGUAUACAGCAUGAUCAGGUGCCCUCGGCGCAACAAGGAGGCCAGCAACAAGACAACUACGCAGGCUACACCACCCCGCCUAACUCCCCUCCCGGCGCGAACAACGGCGGCAAACGUGCUUCAGGCAUCGGCACGAAACUCUUCGGUCGCAUCUCCGGCCUCACGCACGCGAUCCAGGGAGUCGCGGACCAGGAUCCGGAGCGUGCACGUCGCGAUACGAUGGGGAAGACUAAGGAGAGUGUGGGGCAGUUGGAGCAGGCGCUUGAGGUGGCGAGGCGGGAUGUAAGGGAUGCUAGUGGGGGGGUGUUGGAGGAUUUGCGCCGGUUUCAGGGGAUGAAGGAGGGGGAUUUGAGGGGGUAUAUGUUGAGUUUCGCAAAAUGCCAUGUUGAGUGGUCGAGGCGGAGUCUGGAGGAGUGGCAGAAGGCUAAGGGGGAGAUUGGGAAGAUUGAGCUCGCGCCUCCGGCUGAAUGA